AUGUCCUCAGAGAUUGUGACUGUGCCUCCCAAAUCUGGAACUAGUUCAUCCCCCCUGACAAAUGAUCGUCUUUUUUUAGUUUUGGCAUUCAUAACUGGCUGCGAUUUAAUCUGUCCAGCAACAAUUUUCCCUUGUUUCCUCCUUGGAGUAAACUAUUUGAAUCAUAUUGCUGGUAGCUUGGAGCCCAAAACUCUUUUUAAGUGUAUUCCUCCUUUAUUAGACCAAUUUAAGUUGAACAUCGAUGGAGGUGCUUGUCUUUCUGCUGAUGGAGCUAGUUGUGGGGGUCUGCUGGUUUUUAUAAGGUGCUCCCACCUUGUUCUCCCCUUGCGGCAUAAUUGUGGAGAAUUUAUUGGGGUCUUGAUGUUGUUAUCUCUAGGGGUAUCAGGGUACCUUCUUAGAAAAAUUAAGUUUGUUAGGUUGAGCCAUGUUUUGAGAGAGAACAACCAAUGUGAUGAUUGGCCGGCUAAGCAUAGGUCUAAGGAUGUAUUUAAGGUUCAAGGUCGCUAUCUGCCAGAGCACGCUUCCGAAUUGGUUUCAGAUGGAGUUCAUAAUGUUGAACACAGCAAAAGUUCAUACUUAGUUAUUAAAGGAAUUGAUGAAUCCUUUGAGGAUGAGUGCAAGCAAAUGUACGGUUUCUUGCCAUGUACAAAUAAUAUUUUUGGGCAUCUCUUUCUCAUUUUGGUGUAUGAGUAUUUGCUGUUCCAUGGAGAAUCAUAUUUGGCUAAUGGAGGUGAACAAAUCUUCAAGAUUCUUGGCCCUGGUAUCUUUGGUGCUAGUGCUUUUCAUAUCAUUGGUGCCCUUCCAGAGUCCUUAAUCCUUCUUGUCUCUGGACUUGUGAGCAGUAGGGAGAUAGCACAAGAAUAUGGCUUUACAGGAGUUGGCUUAUUGGCCGGAUCAUCCAUUUUGCUUCUAACAGUAGUUUGGGGAAGCUGUGUUAUUGCUGGCAGUCAAGAAUUUGUGCAUGAUUCUCUCCGUUCUAACUCAGUUCAUAGAAGUCUCAAAGUGUUAUUGACUGGUUGUGGCAUUGUUACGGAUUUGGAAACCAGUUACACUGCAAGAAUCAUGGUUUUCUCAGUUAUACCACUUGCAAUCAUGCAAAUCCCAACUUUUUUCCAAUUCUCUUCAGGCCCAAGAAGCAUGACCUUAGUAGUUGCUCUCGUUAUUUCCACCAUUUUUCUGCUCUUGUACUUCAUUUACCAGAUUUUUGAACCAUGGGUACAGAAAAGAAGACUGGAAUAUGUGAAACACGAUCAUUUAAUACUAAGAAUAUUAGAACAUGUUCAAAAGAACACCCUGCAAAGGAUCCUCACCAAGAAUGGGACUCCAAAUGUGAGCGCCAUAAGAAGGCUAUACAGGGAAAUAGAUCCAGAAGGGAGCAGUGGUAUAUCAGCAGCUAAAGUAAAAGACCUCCUGCUUAGAAACAAAGUAACUGAAACAAAUAUGGAUGAGGAGAAAGAAAUAAAAGAGGUGUUAGAAAUUUUUGACCUGGAUGGUGACCAAAAAAUAACUAGGGAAGAAUUUGUCAGUGGUUUCACAAAAUGGCUUGAUCAAACAAAGCAUGCUUUAGAUAAACAGUAUUUUUCAAGGAAAUCACUCAAGGAAAUAUAUCAGGUUUUUGGACCAUGGAUUGAAAACAAAAGAAAGGAACAUGAAGGAAAGAAACAACUUAUAUCUGAAAUCUUAAGGCAUGUUCAGAGUGAAAUGGUUGGCAACCUUCUCACAGCAGAUGGCAAACCUAACGAAUAUGCUAUCAGAAGGUUGUUUGAGAAAAUUGAUAGCAAUAGAGAUAACUGCAUUUCCCACUCUGAGUUGAGAGAACUAAUCAUGAACAUCAAAUUUGUCAAAUUUUCAAUGGAAGUGGAGGAAGCAGUUGCUUUAGUCAUUGAAGAACUUGACCUUGACAAAGACCGCAUAAUUAAUGAGGAGGAGUUUGUAGCUGGAUUUCAAAAAUGGCUUAGCUCAACUUCAGCUCCUGCAAUUGAGUCAGAUUCUGAGUCACAAGAAGAUAUUUAUCAGACCUGGGAAGAGGCUGAUAUGGUGGUGGAAGAAAAGCAAAGCAAAGCAGUAAUUGACAAAUCAUUAUGGGCCUGGUUUAAGGCCAUAACAUAUGUGGUGCUAGGCAUUGCUAUGCUCUCCAUUUUGGCAGAGCCCUUAAUAGAAAGUGUCCACAACUUCUCUAACAGUGCAGGACUUCAUCCAUUCUUCAUCUCAUUUAUUCUAGUCCCUUUGGCCACAAAUGCUAGAGAAGCAACUUCAGCAAUCAAAGAAGCAAAGCAUAAGAAGCCUAGAACGAUUUCUCUUGCCAUUUCUGAGAUUUAUGGUGGGGUGUUCAUGAAUAACAUUCUUGGCUUCUUUGCACUCUCAGUUUUGAUCUAUGUGCGAGAAAUCACUUGGGAAUUCUCAGCUGAAUUGUUGGUCGUUGCAAUUGUUUGUGCUAUAACAGGCCUUACUGCAAGUUUUCACUCCAUUUUUCCUCUAUGGUCAUCCUUCUGUGCAAUUCUCUUGUACCCAUUGUCCUUGGUUCUGGUUUUUGUACUCGAUCAUGUUCUCAAUUAUAAUUAG